AUGAGAUUAUGGAAAUGGCGGCGAAGGGGGUCAUUACAAUUAGAGGCAUCAAUUAAAAGGAUACCCCCACCAGGGCUCGAAGGGGCCCAGCCCAACCCGAGACGGUCGUCAUGUAAAAUUCAUCAGAGGACGUCAAGAGAGGAUAGCCCGGGAGUCCUAAUAUCCAAUUACGAUCCUGACAGCAGAAUUAUGAGGACGAGCAAUUAG